UGCUGCUGCUUGCAGGUUUUCACUGACCCGGCGAGUGUGGUCAUACUGGUACUGCUGGUGGCGGGCUGGGACAGAAGAUUAAACACUUGUCCUUAAAAACAUUUUGACACAUUUAGUGCGACACUUUUGUGUCCGACUGUGGACGCGGCUGUGAGCACCAUGAACAACAUGUACAGAGUGUGUUUCCAUGCUGCUCGUCAGGCGGCAGGACUGAAGGCAUCGAGGCUGCUUCAACAUAGAGCCUUCAGAGCUAGUGCCACGCACCGACAGCAGCCCUUUGACUCAUCGCUGGAAAAGCCACAGUUUCCUGGAGCCUCGGCCGAGUUUGUGGAUCAACUCGAGUUCAUCCAGCCCAAUGUCAUCUCUGGGAUUCCGGUGUACCGGGUGAUGGACCGGCAGGGCAAUAUCAUCAACCCCUCUCAAGACCCUGAGCUCUCCAAAGAGACAGUUUUGAACUUUUAUCAGAAGAUGACUCUGCUGAACACAAUGGAUCGCAUUCUCUAUGAAUCACAGAGACAGGGCCGUAUUUCCUUCUACAUGACAAACUACGGUGAGGAGGGGACACAUAUCGGUAGUGCUGCUGCUCUGGACCCAAAUGACCUGGUCUUCGGUCAAUACAGAGAGGCUGGAGUGCUGAUGUAUCGCGGUUUCCCUCUGGAUUUGUUCAUGGCUCAGUGCUACGCCAACGCUGAUGACCUCGGCAAGGGUCGGCAGAUGCCCGUCCACUACGGCUCCAAAGACCUGAACUUUGUCACCAUCUCCUCUCCUCUGGCCACACAGAUUCCUCAGGCGGUUGGAUCUGCAUAUGCAAUAAAGAGAGAAAACGCCAACCGAGCUGUGAUCUGUUAUUUCGGAGAGGGAGCGGCCAGCGAAGGUGACGCCCACGCUGGCUUCAACUUCUCUGCCACCCUCGAGUGUCCUCUGAUCUUCUUCUGUCGUAACAAUGGUUACGCCAUCUCCACCCCCACUAACGAGCAGUACAGAGGAGAUGGCAUCGCUGCUCGUGGUCCGGGUUAUGGCAUGAUGUCCAUCCGUGUCGAUGGUAACGAUGUGUUUGCUGUGUACAACGCUACAAAGGAAGCUCGCCGCAGGGCCGUGGCUGAGAACCAGCCCUUCCUCAUUGAGGCAAUGACCUACAGAAUCGGUCACCACAGCACCAGCGACGACAGCUCUGCUUACCGCUCGGUGGACGAGGUGAACUACUGGGACAAGCAGGACCAUCCCAUCUCCAGGCUGAGACACUACAUGACGGCCCGCAACUGGUGGAGCGAGGACGAUGAGAGGAGCUGGCGGAAGCAAUCCCGCAAAAUGGUGAUGGAGGUGUUCGAGAGGGCCGAGAGGCGCCUGAAGCCUAACCCGGAGCUGCUCUUCACCGACGUCUACCAGGAGAUGACACCCAACCUGAACAAGCAGCGGGAGUCCCUGUGGAGGCACGUGCAGCAGUACAAGGAGCACUACCCGCUCGACAUGUACGAUAAAUAACUGAGCUGAGCCGAGAGGUAGAACGAUGAGUUGGGAUUUCGGUGAAUGGAUGUGGGAGUGGGUUAAGAUUGAGACGGAUAAACUGUUGCACACAUUUUACUGUAUUCAUUAAAUAAAUAUACAAGAAGAGUUUUGAUAUAACACAUAAUUUUUUCAAGGACGAGGACUGUGCUUUCAAAACUGUAUUUUCACGCCUUUGGGUUUGGUGCCUUAGUAGAUUUACUGUCUGUAGUGAAACACCCUGAAUGCACCUGUUUCACAUUAAACCAUCAUCAUCCAUGCUCUUAUUUUUUUAAGUUCAACACAUUAAAACAAAUCAGCAGGUUUGAAUUCUACCAUGCAUUAAAAAUUAAACAAAUCGAGCAAUAAAUGGUGGAGGUUUUUACCCCCGGUUGUGUUAUCUUCCUCCUCCUCUUAUCCUCUUCAGUGGUAAAAAAAAGGUUUCCUUGUGUAUCAUUGAGGUGAGCGAUUUUUUAAUAUUUUAAUAGGUUUUUUUUUGUAGUAGUAUACACACCCAAAUUUUAGAUGGGUUUGUAUGCCGUUAAUGCUGUUACACACACACACACACACACACACACACACACACACACACACACACACACACAGAGUAUACUCAUUUAAACU